UGCAAUCCAGACUAAUAGUUAAUGAGAGAUCUGGAUUGCCCCUUAUUAGUUUCAAGGUGUUUGAUCUUUUCCCCUCCUCCAAUGUGGAGAUUUCAAGCUUUAGGGUCUCAUUCAUCUCCCUUUGACUGGGUGGACUCACCGAAAACCCACUCUGCUCGCCGGAGCAGAUCAAACUCGAAGGGGAAAAUAACAGACAGUUAACUGAAGAAAGAACAGAGCACUCACAAACAGUUAUCUAUUUUUCGGAGUGGUUUGGCUUCACCAGGCCCUCCGCUCUUUCUCAACCUGUUGACAAUGCAACAGUUCCACAGGACAUGCAUUGCUGCAUAGUGCACACCCAUUGACCCAUACCACUCAACAUCGGCUACAACUUUGCUGAUGGCUGACGUUUGAGGAAUGAAAUGGAUAGCCUAGACAGGAGUCUUUUUUUAUGAUCAUAUCAGGAAAUCAUGUUUUGUCAUCUUUACCAAGAAACCUGUCGAAUUCGGGAUAGGCAAUUUAUUUGAUGCACAUAUGCAUCCAAAAGCAGGCUUAAUAUUUGCCAGCAAUAGUUAGUCUCUAUGCAACAAGGUAUGCCAGCAGGCACAAAGACAAACAAAAAAACACUCUUGGUUUCUCCGGCAAUCCCUCCCCAACAAGGUAAGCUGUUUAAUUAUAAAUUGCGAGUCCUCACCGGUCACCACCUCCAUGACAAGAGCAAAGCUCCAUAGCAUUCUGUAUAUAUAUCCUCCCUAAGCUAGCACCCAAACAUCAUCAAGAAGCUUCACGACACCGAUUCAAUGGCAUCCAACUCCUACCCCUUGUUGUUGGUGCUGCUGGCACUCUCGGCCCCGCUGGCCGUCUUUGCCGGCGACCCAGACAUCCUGGCCGACUUCGUCGUCCCAGCAAGCAUCAACCCGACGAACAUCACCGGUGACUUCUUCACUUACACCGGCUUCCGCGACAUAAGCACGCCGGUGUACGGUUUCACCUUGACCAAGGCCACUAUGAUGGAGUUCCCAGCCCUGAACGGUCAGAGCGUGUCCUACGCCAUGCUCACAUUCCCCCCGGGCUCCGUCAACCCCACGCACACCCACCCACGCGCCUCCGAGCUGCUGAUCAUCGCCCAUGGCGCGCUCUCCGUUGGGUUCAUCGACACCGCCAACAGGCUCUACACCCAGGACCUGGGCCCAGGCGACAUGUUCGUGUUCCCCAAGGGGACGGUGCACUACCAGUUCAACCAAGGGAACAGCACCGCCACGGCGCUCUCCGCAUUCGGGAGCGCCACGCCUGGGCUCGUGUCUGUUCCCCUCGCUGUGUUUGAUACCGGCAUCGACAACGCCGUCCUCGCCAAGUCGUUCAAGACUGACGAGGCGACCAUCCAGAAGCUCAAGGCAGGCCUGGCUUUCCGGUGCUGUUAACUAAUCGCUUGAUACCUGCCUACCAUGCUGUGUUCUG